AUGUAUUGGAUCAGAAAAAUGAACCCUUUAACAGGAAUUUAUAUCUCAGAUGAUAAGAACAAUUUGGUAUUUGAGUAUUCACUCUCUUCUGCUGCUCCAUCGUUCAAAGAAGUGAUAGCCAAAAUUGCUUCCGCCACAGGUAAAUCGAACUCGUCGAAUAUAGAUGACGGUCCAAGUAACCUGCCACCUGUAAUGAGGCUAUCGCCAAACGAAGUAAUUUAUCACCAAGCUACAAAAUAUUUGAGAUAUUAUGCGGUGUGUGAACUAGAACAAAUAGCGAAGCAACAACAAAAGAAUACAGCAAACAAUAGCCAUGAAGAAGAUAUAAAUAUGAUGUAUCAGUAUGAUAGCAAUAAAAAUAUAAAAGAAGAUUAUGAAUCAUUCCAAGAAAACGAUCAAGAACAAGAUAGUAAGGCUGAUGAAAGUAGUGAGGCUGAAGAAGACAGUGAAAUUGGAAGCGAAGGAAAUUUAUCCGUUGGUAUAUCUCUGAGCUCAUUCAAUCCUUUAAUUCCACUAGAGUUCAUAAAACAACUUAUUGAGGUUAUGGUAGAUUAUUUUGGUGACCCAUUAGUGCCGCUAAAGAUUGAGGCCAAUUACGAUAUUCUUUGCCUCUUGCUUAGUGAAAUGAUUGAAGAUAAUUUUCCCUUCAUUACUGAUUUAAACCAGCUUAAGGAUGUCGUACAGUUUGAGGGAAUUCUUAGUAGAUUCCUUUCAUCCACCAGCAGUAAUAUUUCCAAAUCUUCCUCUAGUUCUAAUUUGGGCGGAUUUAGUUCGAAUACAUCCUUAUCGUUGGUUCAAGACAGGCCUAGUAUUCCAUGGAGAAAAAACAAUGUGAAAUAUACUAAUAAUGAGCUCUUUGUGGACUUUGUGGAACAUGUUACUCUUGUGAUGUCUCCGUCUCGAGGAAAUGGUGAAGAUUUUAGAAGUGUCGGAGGGUCAUCUGCCUUUUAUUCAACUACAGGCAAUUACAGAAACCAUUCUAGGCCGAUAAUAUCUCGUAUUACGGGUGAAAUUCUCUUGACCUCUCAUUUAAGUGGGAUUCCAGAUCUCCAAAUGAUAUUAAAUUUGAAUGGCCAUAAUUUACACUGUCCAACUUUCCAUCCUUGUAUUAGAGUUGAUAGAUGGCAAAAUUCCCCUGGGGUAAUGCUGUUCAUUCCACCUGAUGGUAAGUCAAGAAUUGCUGAGUAUGAAAUUGAUCUUGGUUCAUUGCCUCAUGCUAAUCGGAUUUUGCAGAAUAUUGGUAUUAUUCAAGGAAAAUACACUACUGAUUUGGGAUUAUUGGGUAAUGAGUUUGAAAUCACCUUAUCCAUCAGUAACUUGAAAACUGUGAAAAAUAUUGAAACUUUGAAGUUAGAAAUUAAUACCGAAUUGCAGAAAGAUCGUAUUUCGUCAAUUAAAAUCUUAAGAUUGAGCAAUGGAGAUUUUCAGUUCAAUAGAAACGGAAAGAGUGAAUGGAUAUUUGAUAAAAAUCUCGCAACUGGAAUGAAUCCUGUUCUACGAGGUGUGAUUGUCCCUAUUAAUAAUGUGGAUGAUGGUGAUAACGAAGAAUUACCAUUGAAGAUUUUUCCAAACCAUAUUUCUUUGUCAUAUGGUUAUAAGGGUGCUCUACCAAGUGGUAUUAAGGUUACUUCAUUGAAAGUAGUGAGUGCAAAAGGGAUGGGAGAAAAUGUCAAGCCCUAUAAGGGAGUCAAGUAUAUAGUGAGAAGUGGACAAGUGGUGUUGCGUUAA